UUAGUUUGACUAGUCAGAUAUUGAAAUAUUGACAAGUAUGUUGUUUGUUUGUAAUAUGUAUGUUUGAAAUCUGUUAAAACCUUUGGAAAACAACAAACUAUAUUUAAAGAAGAAAAUAAAAAGAAUAAAACUAUGGUUUUGAUUUGCUCUCCAUGUGUGAGCAUCAUUGAUCUCAUCAUCCUCGUAUGACAAGAAUAUUAGACCACCUCUUCAGAUCCAUACUAUUUACCUUUUCCUAAGGUUUGACAAAUUUCUCUACAAACCAAAUUGAGAUACAAAAAAUGGAAUCUUUUGGAUUGAAAAUGGUAAAAAGUACUUUAGAAUGGGUGACACUGGCUUUGGACGCUCCUUCUGCUGGAGCUGUUGUUUACGGAGUUCAUAUCGGCGGACAUUAUUUUGUGGAAGGUCUUUUGUUCGUGGUGAUCCUUUUCUUGUUAUCCCAGAAAAGUUAUAAGCCUCCUAAACGACCAUUGACAGAUAAGGAAAUAGAUGAGUUAUGUGAGGAAUGGGUUCCAGAACCUCUUAUUCCUCCUAUCACAGAAGAAAUGAAGUUGGAACCCCCGGUGUUGGAAAGUGCUGCAGGACCACAUACAACUGUCAAUGGCAAAGAAGUUGUGAACUUUGCUUCGGCAAAUUAUCUCGGAUUAAUAGGACAUGAGAAGUUAAUUGAAUCAUGUACCUCUGCAUUGGAAAAAUAUGGAGUCGGUUCCUGCGGUCCUCGUGGGUUUUAUGGAACAAUUGAUGUCCAUCUCGAUUGUGAAGGAAGAAUCGCUAAGUUUUUGGGUACUACAGACUCCAUUCUUUAUUCCUAUGGACUUUCCACUAUGUUUAGUGCUAUACCAGCUUUUGCCAAAAAAGGAGAUAUAAUUGUUGUAGAUGAGGGUGUUCAUUGGGGAAUACAAAAUGGUUUAUAUCUGUCGAGAAGCACUAUUGUUCCUUUCAAGCAUAAUGAUAUGGAAUCUUUAAGAAACACCUUGGAGAAGGUCACUGCUGGAAAUAAGCGUGCUAAAAAAUUGCGGCGCUACAUUGUGGUUGAAUCAGUUUACCAGAAUUCUGGGCAAAUAGCCCCUUUAGAUGAGAUUAUUAGACUGAAGGAGAAGUAUCGAUUUCGUGUUUUAUUGGAUGAAAGCAACUCGUUUGGUGUACUUGGGAAAAGCGGAAGAGGUCUGACUGAACACUUUGGAGUUCCGGUUGAGAAAAUAGAUAUAAUUACUGCUGCAAUGGGACAUGCAUUAGCUACAGAAGGAGGAUUUUGCACUGGAAGUGCUAGGGUCAUUGAUCACCAGCGAUUGAGUAGUUCUGGAUAUGUAUUUUCUGCUUCAUUGCCCCCAUAUCUUGCCAGUGCUGCCAUUACCGCCAUUGAUGUCCUGGAGGAAAAGCCUGAUCUCAUAACAAAACUGAAGGAAAAUAUUGCAAUACUGUGGAAAGGAUUAUCUGACAUACCAGGACUUUCGGUAGCAAGCAAUCCUGAUUCACCUAUUGUUUUUCUAACAUUGAAGAAGUCGAUGGGCUCAUCAAAAGCCGACAGGGAUCUCCUUCAAGAAAUUGCUGACAGUGUAUUGAAGGAAGAGUCAAUACUUGUGGUGACCUCCAAGAAAUCAACACUAGAUAAAUGUCCAUUGCCUGCUGGAAUCAGAUUGUUCGUCUCUGCUGGGCAUUCAGAAUCAGAUCUGCUUAAGGCAUCGGAAUCAUUGAAAAGAGUUGCAGCCUCAGUGUUGGAGCGUUGUGCUUGAGUGUGAAACACGAAGCCAAUUAGCUUGUUUUUCUCACCUUGCCCCAUUUGUGCAAUUGCAAGUGAUCAAUCUAGCUCGGCCUCUUAGCAUAACUGUCCUAGUAAAGAAAAAGAAAAGAACAAUUUUGUAAUGUAGGUAUAGCUCAAGAAAGAAUGGCCUCUGAUUGUUGAUAAUCUUACAUAAUUUGCUUUACGGUUGAUUAUUACAAUUGCUUUUGUUUUGUUUUGUA